AUUCUCACCAAAAAAAUUUGUCUGUACAAAUAAAUCCAUUAGCAAACGACAUCAUGGAAUGGUGGACUGAUGAUGAUGGCUACAAAAUAUCGUAAAAAAAAUCUAAACACAACGAAUUCACACACAUUAUUAGCAUUUCCGUUCUUAGAAAACUGCCUAAUCUGAACAGUGAAUGGUGGAAACUAUGCAUUUGUGAAAAUACAAGAGAGAAGGAAAAAAUGGCGCGCACUUUCAGUCGAAUCAUUUGAAUGUUUCAGAUGACUAAAUAGGAAACAAACCUAAAUCAACCAAGAUUCCACAUCAAAACUUACAUCAUCGACAAAAUAAAAUUGAAUCAUUUCGAAUGAAUGAAAAAGAAUGGCAACUUUGAAUUGUGAUUUGAAAAUUGGCGACACAAAUUCAUUGCAAUCAUCAAAUGCCACCACCAGUACAAGCCACGAUACUGGAUGCCACCACGAAGCUGCUUCAUCCAUCCAUACACAUCAAUGAUGUGUACAUGUAGCGACAGUACACAAUCCUGUUUUGUGAAGCAACAAACACAUGCAAAAACAUGAGAGAGAUUUGUGAUGGAUACACACACACACACACAUCGACAGACGACCGUUGAAUUUAUUUUUUUUUUGCAAAAAAAAAAACAAACUCUUAACCAUCAAGUUCUUAUCGCAAACAUUUGUCAAAAAUAUUCUCACGAUGAAAAUUUUUUUUUCUCUUUUCUUUAACUGAUUUCAUCAUCAAUCUAUACAAGUGAAAGUAUUAUAUUAAUAUUAACAUUAUUUAUCUAUAUUGACAACAAAAGAAGCCAAAAAUAAGAGAAAAAUUAUCGACCGGUAUUUAUAAAAAUUGUGGUCCGUUGAAUUUUUCUGAUCAAUCAUCAGUCUGAUUAACCGAAUCAACCAUUAAUCGAUCACCGUUCGUUUGGGUUUCAACAAUAUUUUUACCUCAUUCUUAUGAUGAUUAUGGUAAUGGUUUGAUUAAAGACACUUGAAAAAAGUUUUAAAAAUGUCAUUAUAUUAUGAUGAAAAUUCUGAAACUCAAGUUUCAUCAACCACAACUAUAAAUCUGCCAUUCGAAUCGAUUACGGGUUUAACGGAAAUUGAUUGUAAUACAACUACGACGACACCAUGUUCAUCGGUGAGGAUUGUCGGUGAUAAUUCCUCGUUACAAUCAUUAAAAAUGUCUUCAAAUGGGAAAAAAGUAUUAUUGGAACGAAAAUUGAAUACUAUUCAAAUAUCGAAAAGUAAUAUUGGCUCAAUUUGUUUGAAAAAAUCUGUUAAUCGUGGACGAUGGUCAAAAGAAGAGGAUAAUAAAUUAAAACGAUUAGUGGAAAAAUAUAAUGAAGAUUGGUAUCAAGUUGCGACACAUUUUUCCGAUCGUUCCGAUGUUCAAUGUCAACAACGUUGGUGUAAAGUUCUCAAUCCUAGACUAAUUAAAGGACCUUGGACACCAAAAGAGGAUGAAAAAAUCAUCGAAUUGGUCAAGAAAUAUGGCCCCAAAAAAUGGACCAUCAUAGCGAAAUAUUUGGAUGGUCGAAUCGGUAAACAAUGUCGUGAAAGGUGGCAUAACCAUCUGAAUCCCGAUAUUGUAAAAUCUGCAUGGACUGAUCAGGAAGAGCGAACGAUCAUACAAUCACAUACUAUACAUGGCAAUCAAUGGGCAAAGAUUGCCAAGCUAUUACCCGGUCGAACUGAUAAUGCAAUCAAAAACCAUUGGAAUUCUACAUUGAAACGUAAAGCUCAAGCUAUGAAAGAAGGUAUCCCAUUUGCCGAAUUCAAGAAACGAAUUAAAAAGAAAAAGACUUCCACUUUGACAACAACAACAACUAGUCCUAUGAAAAAAGUCGUCACAUCAACGUUGAUUUAUUCGAUUACAAAUUUGCCGAAUAAUAACACUAACAACAACAAUAAUGAAACAAACACUGUAAAUAGUACGUCAAAUACCGACGACGAUUUAAAUGAUUUUAGCGAUCUUUUCGAUUCGAGCCAAAGAGAAAUGCUUGAAUGUGAACUAUCCGAAAUACAGGAUGUAAAUGAUCUUGUUUCGGCCAUCAAAUCAUCACCAUUACGUAGUUUGAUGAUUUCACCCACUAAAAAUUCAACACUGAUCAAUGAUGAUGAUCAUCAACAACGAAUCAACACUGAUGCUAGCUGCUAUAUUGAUGCAUUCAGUAGUGGAUAUCAAACACAGCCAGACAUGUCGAAUGUUUCAUCAUUCAUUUCGCCAAUCAAAAUGAAUAUGACUGAUGAUAAUGGUGAACAUCAACCGUCAGGAAAAAAACCAUUCACUCCGUUACAAUUUGAUACGCCAAUAUCAUCUAAAGUUAUUACGAAUUCAAUAUCAACACCAUACCUCUAUACACCACCAUCACAAUCGGAUCAUUCGAUUAUGAUGAUUAAAUCGAAAAACAAAGAGAAUGUUUCACCUUUAAAAACAACGAUGAAUCAUGGUCGAUCAAAUCGAAAUAAACAGUAUGCGAUGAUGGAUGUAAUGCUAAGUAACAGUAGCAAUCCAUUCAUCAAUUCAUGUGUUCGUUCGCCGACCACCGAAACGAAUGAAAAAAUACAAAUCGAAUCGAAUAGCGAGGAAAUUUUAUUUGAAACACCGAGUAAAUCAUUCAUUCAGGAUGAUCAAUUAUUCUCGCCACAAUCAUCAUUCGUCAUAUCGACAAUAUCACCCACUAAAUGUAUGUCACCUGGUGUGGGAACAUUCUUGAAAAAGCAACCAGUAUCAACAGUCAACAAGAAUAUCCUUCAUACAUCUCCAACAGUAACCAAUAAUAAUAAUAACAAUGGUAUUAUUAGUCAAAUGGGACCACCAUCAUCAUCAUCAUUGAUUGGCAAUAAAACAGAAUUAGUAGGUCAAUUGAACAGUAGUACACCAUACUCGAUGGCUAUCUAUAACAAUAAUGCAUCGAUAAUGGACAAUGGACAUAAUGAUGGUUAUAUACCAUUGACACCAAUGUCUAAUAUUUCUGUGAUAUCUAAUCCAUCCGAAUCCAAUAAUCGAGAUAUUUCAUAUAUAAAUAAUCAAAUGCAUAGUGUUGGGGAAGGGUUAGCAGCCGAACAAUUAUUGGAACAACAUAAUAAUGUUCCAAUGUCAUUGCCAUUGACAAACAAUAAUGUUUCAUUUAAUAAUGAUUAUAACUAUAAUUAUGUAAUAUCUGAUGAUGAUAGUAGCAAUAGAUACAUAAUGACAACAGCCAAUAAUAACAUAAAUACAGAUAGUUUCAAUACAAUCCAUUAUAAUAAUAAUAAUACAACCCUAUCGAUCAAUCAAAACCAUGAUCAAAUUAAAUUAAUUAAAUCUACAACGACAUCAUUAUCAUCAUUGAAUGGACAAUCCAUUGAUUACGGAAAACGUGAAUCAAUCAGAGGAACCAAAUACAUCGACAAUAAUUACAUUGACAAUGCCAUCAUCGUCAAUGGACACAACAGCUUAUUAUCCCAUACAAUUGGUCAAUAUGGGACCGGUAAUCCCAUUUCAAACUGCAGCAAUACAAGAAUCGGACACAACAACCGAACCUCGACCAAAGCCAUUGUACAUCUUACCAAAGAUGACCAAUACUACCAGCAACGAAACAGCAGUAACAUUCAAAAGAACAUUAUCGAACAGAGUUCGUCGUCGACGAAAACUUCGUACGACAAGAUCUCGAAUGCGUCUUUUUUCCUCGGACCAAGUCAAUUCGGAAUCAGAAACAACCAUGGUAAUCAGUCCCAUCACAUCGGACAACGAAUCGAACAUGGAACUGAAACAUCCCAGCAAUAUUGUGGCCAACAACCAAUGGUUUUUAUUGGCAACCGGACAAACAGCCGCACAGAAAGAGGUGACGAAACAAGCGCGAAUUUUUCUUCAAUCGAAAAACAAUGUUCCUCUUCAUUGUUUACCGGAACAACGACGUACACCAAUCGUUCCCCUCCUUCGUAUGAACUGUCACAACAAAAAACAGUAAAAUCAUUCGAUAAUAAUCAUCAACUGACGAAAUACAUUUAAAAUUUUCCGAUGAAUCAUUCGGAUCGAUUUUUUUUACUUUGAAUUAAUCACACAUCAAACAAACUUUGAAGAAUAUUUUUCUCUUGUUUUUUUUCCAUUAUAUAUUGUUUUCAUAUUUUACUCUUGCCCAUUUUUUUUAACAUUCUUUACCUUUAUUAUUCUACUUAUCUAAAAGUGUAUUGUAUUGAAUAAAAACUAUAUUCUUUGCUAA